GCUGGGAGGCGAGGGCGGUGGGAAGGAGACGGGGGCCGCGGCAGUCAGGCUUAGCACACGCAGCAGGCAGGGGCACUCCGGCAGCACCAGUGCUUCUUGCAGAGCCGGCGCGAUGGCCUCUGAGCUGGAGCGUGCCAUGGAGGGGCUGAUCUCCGUCUUCCACAACUACUCGGGCAAGGAGGGCGACAAGCGCAAGCUGAGCAAGAAGGAGCUGAAGGAGCUGCUGCAGACAGAGCUGGGCUGCUUCCUGGAGACCCAGAAGGACGCGGGCACUGUGGAUGGCAUCAUGCAGGACCUGGAUGAGAACGGCGACGGGGAGGUGGAUUUCAAGGAGUACGUGGUGCUGGUGGCUGCUCUCACCGUGGCCUGCAACUCCUUCUUCUGGGAGGACACCUGAGCAGGGAGCCUGCACCGCCUGGAGCCCCCUAGAGCCGCACACCCCUAUUCUGAGCCAGCCGCCGGCAUACCCUCUAACCAGCUAGACAGAGCUACUCAUUAAAGGCACCGAACCCACCCCAGUGUCCCGUCCCUUCCUCGGAGCCUGGGAGUGCCGCUGAGCAGCGUGGGGAGGGGGACACUGCUGCAGUGGGGCUAGGGGAGUUUUGGCGUGAGGGGGAGCUCCUGCUCCCCAAGUCGACAUUAUCCCUGGUGUUAGAAAAGGGUGGAGGCCACGCUCUGGCCUGUGGGGCUGGGCUCAGGGCCCUCAGCCUUGGGGUUCCCUGGGGGGCAUGAGCCAUCCAUUUCCAGGAGAGUCGCCUCUCCGAUCACCCCGGCCACCAGCGAGACACACACCCCUUCGCUCUCCACACCCCUUCCCACCAGGCCUCUCGGACCCAUGAGCCAAGCAACUGCCCCCAUCCCCAGGCCUUGUCCCUUUGCUUGCCCCCCACUUCUGUGCUGGGAGCGCAGGCCGUAAGCUGUGGCGUAACCCCAGUGCCUCAGCCGGGAUCACCACAAAGGCUAGUUUGACCCUUUCUCUUCCCACAGUCAUGCCCAGUUGUAGCUGACACCACGUGGCACAGGGCCUGAAGCAGGCCGGUCUCUGUAGGAAAGGGAGGCAGGAGCCUGCUGGGAGGGAAACAGGGUCACAAGGGGGAUGACUGGGAAAAGGGGCAGGAGAAACGUGGCUGACAGGUGGUGGCUGGACGGCCUCCUGCUGGGGUGGGAGGAAAUUCACAAACAUGGUGCUGCACCCAUUCCCCAGGGGGAAGAACCUGUUCCUAGCUCCCUUCCCAAGAGCCAGGAGCCCAAUAACCAGCCUCCUCUGACUGGUACCGGCUGAGCCGCACGCAGCGCAGGGGGGCUAGUGGGGCUGACACCGAGCGUGACAGGUGGACAGCUCCGAAGCCGCCCACCCAUUCUGCGGAUUUGACACUUCUCUGGGACGGUGCCAAAGCACUUUGCAAACUAGAUACCGAUGCUGCUGAGCUGCAGCCACCUCUGGGGUGGAGGGUGGUCAUGUGUGCACAACGGUCAGGAACAGAAGGGGAGAGCCUAGACAAGAAUUAGGUGGGCAAAGGGAAUCUUUAGGAAGAAUGCCCUGGCAUCAUUAAUGUCUGUACAAAGCUGACAGGAGCUCAGCAUUGACAAGCUCGUCAGAGGCAACCAAACUGCAGAGAUUGAUGUGUCUGUGAGCAGAAAGCAAAAGGACUGGAGAGAAUCGGGUGGGAUUUGAACCUGUGAACCCAAAGAAUCUGAUGCUGAGCUCUGGCGCCCCCCGUUCUUUGCAGCAGGUUCUCAUCUUCCCUUCCCAUCCUUUGCAAAAGAGAAGCUCGAAGCCUGUGAUGCAGAAAACGGCAUUGAACUCCUAGCAGCAGAUAAUAAACUGAUCUGUCACAGCCACAGAGAGACACCCACCACAUUUCAAGGGAACACAAGUACUCGGUGGGAUGUGAGAGUUCUCUGACAACAACGUAAGCUAGGAGUAAAUCCACUGCAGUCAGUGGAGUUACGGAGCAGGAGAAUCAGGCCCACUAAGCAAGAAAGAACGCGAUGAGCCAGUCAAGGGCUUGUUUAAAACAUCUUUUAAAAUUGUUUUUCCAUAGUGAAAGUGAUAUUAACCGUGAUUUCCCCAAGGCAAUGUUGCCAAGUAUGGUGAUUUUAUCAUGAGCCUCCUGAUAUUUGGUGGUUUUCUUAAAGUCCCAGCUCCUGGAGUUAGGAGAUGGCAGGACGCUCUCAGCUUUCAUUUACAGACAAAAAUCCUUAGGGUUGCAGAGAAAAGCUAGAGAACGUGACUCAAUGCAACCCUAAAGGCUCCAGAACCAGCAGCGAAAUAGAAAGAACCUCACGUUGAUUACGUUUUAAAAUCUCGGCAUUUUUAAUCCACUCUCAGGAUUUUUUGAGGGCUGACUCACGGUUUUUGAAAGCUUGAGGUUGGCGCUAAUGCUGCAUGUGUAACACAUGACAUUCUUCACCACAGCCGCUCACUUCCGCAAAUACAAAGCCACAAGGACAGUAGUGGGUGCAUUCUCCCAGGAAUGCACAAAUCUUGAUUAGAAACCGAUGGUGCCACUGCCAGCUGAAGCAACGGAGCGCUGAAGUCUGCCCUCUGCAGUGCUGGUGCACAUGUGGAGUAAUUCAAUGGGGAUCAGCAUCCAUGGGAGUGAGCCUUAUUUGCUUUUUCUUUGUUUUUACCAUUUUGCUGCCAGUUUCACCCCCUUGGCAGGCCCAGAAUGGUAAAUGGGCUGGCACCUUUGCAAGCUGAGACUUUCUCCUGAUGGUUGGCAUCUCAUGCACUACACUCAAAGCCUUCAUUUUAAUUAAACCCACGUCAUUUUGAGGAAAAUCUGCAAACCAUGAACGGAGUGUAACUGAUGCAUCGACCUGUGCCUCUGCAGAUAGCCUGAGCCAAUAGCUCUGGGAGAUGUCAGCUGUCCAGCUGACACAGAAGCGGGUUUGUGAGGGGGUUGUGUCAAUGCUGCUAGCUGGUUUGCUGCUGAGCCGCAUAGGCUGGAGGAAUUUCAUAUUA